AUGUCGAACGGCUCUACCAACGGCACGGCCAGCGCUGGCUCGCCCCAGAAAUAUCUCAGCACCCGCGGCGAUGACUACGAUCUGUCUUUCGAAGAGGUCGUCCUGAAAGGCCUUGCCUCCGACGGCGGCCUUUACAUCCCCGAGCAGAUUCCCGACGCCAGUCAAUGGCAAAGUUGGAAGGACCUGUCCUUCCCCGACCUUGCGCUCGAGGUUCUCUCGCUCUACAUUUCGCCCACCGAGAUCCCCCGGGAAGACCUCAAGGGCAUCAUUGACCGCAGUUACUCGACCUUCCGCGCUCCAGAGACCACGCCGCUGAAGCACUUGCACGACAACCUAUACCUACUCGAAUUGUUCCACGGGCCAACCUUUGCCUUCAAGGAUGUUGCCCUGCAAUUUCUGGGCAACCUGUUCGAAUACUUCUUGGUGAGGAAGAACGUUGGAAAGACAGGCCGGGACAGGCAUCAUCUUUCCGUGGUUGGUGCCACGAGUGGUGACACUGGUUCCGCCGCCAUUUACGGCCUGAGGGGAAAGAAGGAUGUUUCCGUCUUCAUCCUGCACCCCAAGGGCCGUGUCAGCCCCAUCCAGGAGGCGCAGAUGACCACAGUCUUGGAUGCCAACGUUCACAACUUGGCAGUCACCGGCACGUUCGAUGAUUGCCAGGACAUUGUCAAGGCCCUGUUCGCAGAUCCUGAUAUCAAUUCGACUCUCAACCUGGGAGCUGUGAACUCGAUAAACUGGGCCCGCAUUCUCGCACAGAUUGUUUACUACUUCCACUCAUACUUCUCAAUGGCCAAGGCCAAUUCGGACUUCAAGGUUGGCGACAAGGUACGAUACGUCGUGCCCACUGGCAACUUCGGCGACAUCCUUGCCGGCUACUUCGCCCACAGAAUGGGUCUGCCAGUCGACAAGCUUGUCGUGGCUACCAACGAGAACGAUAUUCUGGAUCGCUUCUGGAAGACUGGCAAAUACGAGAAGCAGCCUGCGCAUGGCCCCGAGGCUCAAGGUGGACUGGCUGUGGAUGGUGUCAAGGCCCACGAGGAUGGUGUGAAGGAAACCCUGAGCCCGGCCAUGGACAUCCUCGUGUCGAGCAACUUCGAGCGCCUUUUGUGGUUCUUGGCCUACGAGUUUGCAGAGUCGGCAAAGAUGGACGACGAGUGGAACAAGAGACAAGCCGGCCAAGAGGUCUCGGCGUGGCUGAAGCAGCUCAAGUCCAGUGGUGGCUUUGGCCCUGUGUACAAGGACGUCCACGAAGCCGCCAAGCGUGAUUUUGAGAGCGAGCGGGUGAGCGACUCUCAGACUGUUGAGACCAUCAAGGCCUACUUCAACAAGCUCGGCUACGUGCUGGACCCCCACUCGGCUGUUGGAGUCGCCGCCUCCGUACGAUCGAUGGAGCGUGCAGGACAAGUCCCGCAUAUCUCCUUGUCUACUGCCCACCCGGCCAAGUUUGCAGGUGCCGUCGACCUUGCCCUGAAAGAUGAGCAAGGAUUCAAUUUCGAAGAGAACGUUCUGCCCCCAGAGCUCGUCGGCUUAGAGAGCAAGGAGAAGAGGGUGUCGGAUGUAGAUAACGACUGGAAAGUCGUGCGCGAGCUGGUCAAGAAGCAGGUUGAGGAGGAGCUUCAAGGCGCUGCACACUAG